AUGCGUGCCACCAUUGCUCUCCGAAAUGCUGUCCGCACCCCUCUCAUUCGCUUUGUCGGCAAGCGCUCUGUUCCUCAUUCCGUUGACCACACUCCCCGUCCUCACCCGGCCUCCCCCACCGGUGUCCUUCCCGACUCUUUCGCCGCCUACCGGGCCAAAGCCCAACAACACGGUCCCCUUGGCCGUGCGUCCUUCACCCAGGGCUCCGUCGGUCGCACCCCCGGAGCUGCUCUCGGUCCCGUCCAACCCAAGCAGGGCGAGUUCUUCGACCGCGCCGAGCUUCCCAGUCGCUUCCACCGUACCCCCUACACUGAGGCUGAGAUUGAAGCCAUUGAGACUGGCGGUGCCAGUCUAUAUGUUUGA